AUGGCACAGAAACCGCUGAGCACCACCGCCGCAGAGCGCAUGAACCUGGUGGCCCAGGAUGAGAUCUGGAGAUACCGUCUGAGGGCCGAAUCUGAAGCCCAGCAAAACUGGCCGACGAAGUGGGGAUAUUUAACCACCUCCAUGGAAGAGCUACUUGAGGGUGAAGAAGAGCCGCACACCCCAAAGCCCAAGAUCGAGCUGCCUAGCCACUUCCGAAUCCGGCCAGUGAGCCCCUUGGACAAAUACAUCAAGAUUCUUCCAUCACCCCCGGUCCCAAAGACCACCCAGGGCUUCAUCGGAUGGCGAUCUGGCGUGCCGGGCCUGAACAAAUGCUUGGAGCAUGACACAGAGAUCCGCAGCUGCAAAGGGGCUUACGCCCACGAGCUGCACUGGCCUGAGCAAGGCGUGCACUGA